AAUAAAGUACUGAAUUAUGUGAGUAGAGAAGUAUCUUCAAGAACACAGAGACUUUUUCAUGAUUCCUUGCGUAUUAUCCUGGAACCCCUAAAAAUAGCAGGUGCUGAAGGAGUGGAGAUUACAGGUGGAGAUGGAUGUGUACGCCUGGUUUUUCCUGUCCUUGCCUGCUAUGUU